AAUACCGUUGCUGGAGUUUUCUGUCAGAAUAAUCAUGCUGCAUCGGUUGUCGGUACAGAACCAUGGUGUACUCACACAAUCCACAACGAUCCUUAUUAUCUUCCCAGUUUCGGUGCGGUCAUUGCUACCGAGUUUUCUCACACGAAUUCAACCUAUUUAUUUAUAAUGAGAGACAAAUGGGACCUCGAGUCUGCAACUUCCGUCCGACUCAUCUUCCCACCGUCGGUAUUCUCCAAUGCUCCCAACUGCUUCUGCCAAAUGAGGGAAUUGAGUCUAUUUUAUCCCCCAAAAGGGAGGCAGUUCAAGCAAACUGUUGAAAGUCCAUUUGCAAAGUUCAUUUUGGUAGUCGGUAAAAUAGGUUAA